AUGUCGGCCCAGGGUAGCGGGGAUUGGCUAUCGCUGGGCGACGCUUGCCGCUUGCUGGACGUUAGCGAUACCACCCUGCGCCAAUGGGCCGACGCCGGUCACCUGCGCGUGUACCGCACCCCAGGGGGGCACCGCCGCUUCCUGCGACAGGACGUCGAGGCCUUGACCCGAACUCCACGCCCGGCUCCGGAGCCGUUCCGCGAGGACUCGGGCGAGGCGCCGGCCUUGCGCCGCAUCCGACGCCGUCUCACCCAGGACAGCGUGACGCAACAGCCUUGGUUUCAGGCCGUGGAGCCGGAGGGAAAUGACCGCAUGCGGCUCUUCGGGCGCCGCCUGCUCUCGUUACUCAUGCAGGAAUCAGGGCCUCGACGCCGCCGGCAGGAAUUGCUGUCGGAGGCGCGUAUGCUGGGCCAGGAAUAUGGUUCCGAAAAUGAUGGAGCGCAAUGUAGCCCUGACCGACUCCGUGGAGGCCUUCGUUUUCUUCCGCACAAUGAGGGUAUGACAAUGGACAUGAUCGAUCGCAAACUGCUCAACCUUAUCCAGGCGCCUUUCCCCAUGGUCGAGCAGCCCUACCUUGACCUGGCGGACCAGCUGGAGACCACCGAGGAGGACGUCCUCGCUCGUCUGACCGAGCUGAAGCGCCAGAACGUUCUGCGGCAGAUCAGCGCCAUCUUCGACACGCGGCGGCUGGGCUACAAGACCACCCUUGUGGCCAUGGCAUACGAGCCGGACAAGCUGCACCGGGCGGCCAUGGAGAUCAACCGCCAUCCUGGGGUCAGCCACAACUACGCCCGCGAGGGUUCCUACUACAACCUCUGGUUCACCCUUGCGGUGCCGCCCGAGCAUGACCUGGAGGCGACCGCGAAUCACAUGGGCCGAAAGACCGGCGCCAUGGAAUCGCGCAUCAUGCCCACCAUCCGGUUCUUCAAGAUAGGCGUCAACUUCGACAUGGUGAAGCAGCAGGGCUCGUCCUACAACUUCAGCCCCGACGGUUUCGACAAGGCGGAGGCUGAUAGCUGGAACAAGCCCCAGCCGGUCACCGACUGGGAAAAAGAGGCAAUACGCGGGAUGCAGGAGGACCUGCCGCUGGUCCCGCGCCCCUUCGACCCCAUCGCCGAGCAGUUGGGCAUAACUACGACGGAACUGUUCGCCCUUGCUGAAAAUUUCCAGGGGCGGCGAAUCAUGCGCCGUUACAGCGCAGUGCUGCACCACCGCCGGUCCGGCUUCCGGUCCAACGCGAUGAUCGUCUGGAAGGUGCCGCCGGAACGCUCCGAGGAAGUGGGCAUGAUCAUGGCGGGGCACCAGUCGGUCACGCACUGCUACGAGCGGCCCACCUUCCCCGACUGGCCCUACACCCACUUCACCAUGGUGCACGCCACCACGCCGGAGGGGUGUGAGCAGUACAGCCAAGAGAUCUCCGAGGCCACCGGCAUCACAGACCGGCUCGCCCUGUACAGUUCAAGGGAGUACAAGAAGACCCGGGUGCGCUACUUCGUUCCCGACUAUGACGAAUACCUUGCGUCGGAGUCGAUGGCCGACCUUGAUUCGGCAGAGCUGGAAGGCGAGGAGUUCGAAGAGAUGGCUCCUCUGGCGUCCUCCAGACUAACGCGACUGUCCCUGUGGGGAACCCUCCCGCCCUAG